AAGCACAGAUUACAGAUCACAGCUGAUUAUGCACGAGAGAACCUACACCAGCAAGAAGCCCUACCAGUGUUCUCGAUGCAGCAAAAGCUUUAGCAAGCACGCCACCCUGGUGAAUCACAAGAGGACUCACACUGAGAAGAAACUGUAUGAGUGUCCAGAUUGUGGGAAAAGUUCCAGUUGGAAUUAUGAACUGGUGGUACACCAGAGGACUCACACAGGAGAGAAACCGUAUGAGUGUCCUGAUUGCGGGAAAAGUUUCAGUCACAAUUCCAAUCUGGUGAAACACCAGAGGAUUCACACAGGAGAGAAACCGUAUGAGUGUCCAGACUGUGGGAAAACUUUCAGUCGGAAGUCCGACUUGGUGGUACACCAGAGGACUCACACAGGAGUGAGACCCUAUGAGUGUCCAGAUUGUGGGAAAAGUUUCAGUCACAAUUCCAGCCUGUGGAAACACCAGAGGACUCACACAGGAGAGAAACCGUAUGAGUGUCCAGGUUGUGAUAAAAGUUUCAGUCGGAAGUCUGACUUGGUGCUACACCAGAGGACUCACACAGGAGGGAAACCGUACGAGUGUCCAGACUGUGGGAAAAGUUUCUGUCGGAAAUCCAACCUGCUGAUACACCAGAGGAUUCACACAGGAGAGAAACCAUAUGAGUGUCCGGAUUGUGGGAAAUGUUUCAGUCACAAUGCCAGCCUGGUGAUACACCAGAGGACUCACACAGGAGAGAAACCGUAUGAGUGUCCGGACUGUGGGAAGGAUUUCAGUACUAGGUCUAGCCUUAUAAAUCAUGCAGGUUUACACACAGGGGAAAAACCAUUCAAAUGCCCAGACUGCGGACAGUGCUUCAUGCAAAAUUCCUCCCUUAUCAGACACAAGAAAAUCCACAUGAGGCAGAAGGUGAUGUGUCUGGAAAAGGCUUGAAUUUCAUUUCUGAACUCCAUUGGAGGUCCAGCUGAGAAAUUAACAAUUUAAUUUCUCGCCUGAUUCUUUUAAUUCAAACAUAUCUCAGGAUUAGACACGAGAGAGGAGAGAGAAAAAAUGGAAAAUAAUUGCUUGAUAAAGGUUGACCACACGUAUCUGGCUAUUAGCAGAACUUCCUGGAUAUUUACUUUUGCAGAAAUAGUGCAAUUGCUGCAAAAAGGCUUUUGGGGGGUGUUUUAACCAUAUUGAUCAUCACAGAGUGUAGAAAUGCGACAAGCAGAGUUUCGGCCUUCUUCAACCAGGUUGUCCCCCGGAUGUUGAGGCCCAGGAUUCCCCAGCCAGCAUACCCUUUGCAGAAAAUACCUGGGAGUCAUAGUCGGUGUUUCUGGGAGUCCCCAGUAAGCUGCUGCAGGUCCUAAAAAAUACAAUAAAAAAAUAUAGGAGCACUCAGACUUUAGUCAGAGAUUGUGGCUCCUCAGAUGUGAAGAAAGGGAGAGGAGAGGAGAGGUAAAGAGGGUUCGGAGUUCCAUAUUUUCCUGACACCUCAGAAAUUCUGUGCAAGGAAGUUCUGUUCCGAUUGUGGCUAGGAUGAAGCCGAAAUCUCAAAGAAACCGUUAGAAUGGGGAAUAUAUUGGGGAGGUUUGUGGCAGCGACAAAAGCCCUGUAAAGUUUCAGAUGGAAAGGCUCUUCUGCCAUGCAGUUGAACAUGACGGAUAAGAGCUGCAGGAGUAUUGAACUCAAGAGAAAAGGCACUGUGGUUUUGAGUGUAGGAUCUUCAGGUUUAGGAACAGCUCCCGCUGUGAUCUUGUUGGCUUGGAGGUGCCUUCUUGUUAGUCUUUGAUGGCUGUGGGUGAGAGCAGCGCCAAGAGGCCGACCCUUUUGUUACGUCCCCCUUGGCGGUGGAGAUGGGAGGAAAAAACUGCACAGUGGAAUAUGUUUAAUUUCUAGAAAUGGAUUGUGUAAGGAGCAUUCAUGGCUUCUGAGAAGGAAAAAAAACUGGGUUGUGUCAGCAUUGCUGUGAACGUGGGGCCAAGGAAAGGCAAAGCUCCCUUCCCAGGACAUGGGAGAUAUUUCCAUUUCUUUCACUCCUCUCUCGGGGCUUCUUUUUAAGUUUUCCCCCAAAAUCCCUACAAGUAAAGAGCGGAAAAUUAUUUGGAGCCUCUAAGUGGCAUUUUAGCUCUGCAGAUGAAUGAUCCUGAUUUUGCUGAGUUGAGAAGACACCAAAGAAUUCAAGGCAUGUUCAUUUUAGGAACCCAAUUCAGAGGUCAGGUUAUAGUCCUUUUUUUUCCCUAGUAGAUCACUUUGCAUAUGACCCCUUUGCAGAAGGAUGGUCAACAACCAGGACCAGGCCAGGGGUGAGGUGGGGAGGAAGCAAGAGGCUCUUUUGGCCUGAGCCUCAAGCUCGGAGUAGCUUCAAAUUUAAAGGUCUGCAAAGUUGUUAAACUUCCAAAUAUUCAAAUUACAUUUAAUCCUCCCUU